AUGUUCCGCCCACGUCCCUCCACCAUCCGCACCUUUGCGACCACCACCCGCCGCCUCGCCAACGCCCCCCUCCCCCCAGCACCCCCCUCCGACUAUCUAAUCAACCUCUCCAAAUCCCAAGGCGUCGCCCAAGGGCUCACCGGCGCAAUCGGCUACACCCCCCUCAUCCGCCUGAACCACCUCUCCUCCCAAACCGGCUGCGAGAUCCUCGGCAAAGCCGAGUUCAUGAACCCGGGAGGCUCAAUCAAAGACCGCGCAGCCCUCUACGUGGUCAAAGACGCCGAAGAAAGGGGUCUCCUCCGCCCCGGCGGCACCGUGGUCGAAGGAACCGCAGGCAACACCGGCAUCGGUCUCGCCCACGUCUGUCGGUCAAGAGGUUACAAGCUGGUCAUCUACAUGCCCGACACCCAGUCCCAGGGCAAGAUCGAUUUGUUGCGGUUGUUAGGAGCUGAGGUCUACCCCGUGCCUGCGGUCGCGUUUGAGAACCCACAAAACUACAACCACCAGGCAAAGAGGCAUGCCGAGAGGUUGGACAACGCCGUUUGGACAAACCAGUUCGACAACACCGCCAACAGGAGGGCGCAUAUCGAGACGACGGGACCGGAAAUUUGGUAUCAGACUGGGGGCAAGGUCGAUGCGUUUACUUGUGCGACUGGUACCGGCGGGACGUUGGCGGGGAUUACGAGAUAUCUCAAAGACAAGUCCAACGGGAAAGUCAAGAGCUUUUUGGCCGACCCCCCUGGGAGUGUCCUCCACUCUUACCUGCAGUCGGGCGGAAAACUGAUUGAGAGGUCUGGGUCGAGCAUCACGGAGGGUAUUGGACAGGGCAGAGUAACCGACAAUCUCGCUCCUGAUGUGGAGUUGCUGGAUGGCAGUUUGCACAUCGGUGAUGAGAAGAGCAUCGAGAUGGUGUAUAGGUGUUUGGAUGAGGAGGGCUUGUAUCUCGGUGCCAGCUCCGCGUUAAACGUGGUAGCAGCCAAGGAGGUUGCGGAGAAGCUUGGCAAGGGGCACACCGUAGUCACGGUUCUCUGCGAUGGCGCAUACAGAUAUGCCGACAGGUUGUUCUCCAAGAAGUGGCUUGAGAACAAGAAUUUGCUGAGCGCGAUCCCGGAGAAUCUCAAGAAGUACAUUGUCCUCCCAUAA